AUGUCCAGUGCAGCGUCCUCUGAUGAGACUAGCUGGCGUCGAAAGCUAGGAGGAUUCCUGGAGAAUGAUCGCACCCAUUUGGCGGUACUGGGUCUGACCCUUUUGGAUACCACAUUCGUCAUGGUACAGAUUAUCUAUACUUUCUUUCAUGAAUGCAACAGCGGAAGUGAGCCGCUGCACUUUUCUAUAGCCAAGCAUUGGUUCUCGGAUGUGCUUGAGUGGGCCGAAAUUAUCAGUACGGGCAUUACUUGUUUGUUCAUGCUGGAAUGUCUUUUAUGCUUGGUCGCCUUUGGGCCCAAGUAUUAUCUUCCCGGUUGGCCGCACUGGAUGCUUCACAUAUUUGAUAUUACUGUGGUUACUGCCACGUUUGUUAUGGAAAUCAUUCUUCGCGGAAAAGAACGUGAAGUCGCAGGACUUCUUAUCAUUCUUCGUUUAUGGCGUGUUGUGAAAGUAACUGAAGCGGUCGCCAUGGGAGUCAGCUUUUCGAAUCAUGAAAGGAACGAAGCUCUCAAAGAUGAAUUAGAAAAGAGUCGCCAUGCUUGUGAAGCACUUGAGAAGGAGCUGGCGAAAGAACGGCGACAACGUCAGCUGCUGGAAGAGCAAAUACAGCAGCAAGCGCAAGCGUCUUCUUAA